AUGGCGUGCGCGGCGGCGGCGGCGGCGCAAGCUGAGGCGGCGGUUGGCGGCGGCGGAGGUCAAACUCCCACAAUGCAGCCGGGUAAACAGCUAUGGAGGAGGAGGCGGCGGCGCCCGCGGCCGCCCGCUCCGCCGCCUGAGCCCCGCCGCGCCGCCGCCGCCGCCGCGGGACCUGCGCUCCGCGCGCUCCCCGAACUCCCCGGGGGCGGCCGCGGCCGGCGCGUGUGGGGCGAAGCCAGGCGGGCGGUGGCGGCGGCCCCGGUGCAGCCCCGGCCUCCGCCGCCCCCCCCCUGCCCCCCGCUGUCCCCGUCCGGCCCACGCCCAGAGGCCGCCCCGGAGGCCUCCGCCAAACGCCAGGUCUGAACACAAUUAAGAAGAAGGAGCUUCUACAAUCGCAGCAGAUGAAGAUCCACUGGUAAAUCGAUCAGGAUUUUUGGCCUGCCCUCCAAAGAAAAGG